GACGGUGGACGGAGCGCGCGCCGGAGAGCCUGUAUGCGCGAGCACAGGUGCUGCAGCUGCACGAGUACACACAACAUCUGGCGGGAGCGCAGUUGCGCGACCUGACGCGACGGAAAAGGACUCGACGUGAACGGUGCAUCAUGGGAAAGCACAACAGCAAGUUGGCCCCCGAGGUCCUGGACGACCUGAUCAAGAGCACCGAGUUCAACGAGGCCGAGCUGAAGCAGUGGUACAAGGGCUUCCUGAAGGACUGUCCCACGGGCAUCCUGAACCUCGAGGAGUUCCAGCAGCUCUACGUUAAGUUCUUCCCAUACGGCGACGCCUCCAAGUUCGCUCAGCACGCUUUCCGCACCUUCGACAAGAACGGCGACGGCACCAUCGACUUCCGGGAGUUCAUCUGCGCGCUGUCCGUCACCUCGCGCGGCAGCUUCGAGCAGAAGCUCAACUGGGCCUUCAACAUGUACGACCUGGACGGAGAUGGCAAGAUAACACGCAUGGAGAUGCUGGAGAUCAUCGAGGCCAUCUACAAGAUGGUGGGCACGGUGAUCAUGAUGCGCAUGAACGAGGACGGUCUGACCCCGCAGCAGCGGGUGGACAAGAUCUUCAGCAAGAUGGACAAGGACCACAACGACGAGAUCUCGCUGGAGGAGUUCAAGGAGGCCGCCAAAAACGACCCCUCCAUUGUGCUCCUGCUGCAGUGCGACAUGCAGAAGUAAGGGGGGGUGGGGGCGGGGGUAGGGGGGGUCGGGACGGAGAGACAGAGAAGAAUGAGGAGAUAAUGGAACAGAGAGAGGACAAUUGAACGGAAUUGAAAACUGAGAGCGAAAGGCAGAGGGGGAAGGAGGUAAAGACCUUUCCAGAAUAAUCUCUUUUCCCCUGGCUGGCAUGCUGUGGGUGGGGCUUCUGAGCAGACAGGUUGCGGUUGUUCUCACCCGGCCUCCUGGCCCGGAGUGACCGCAACACACGGUCUUCUCAAAAUCCCUUAAUGAUUCGAGAUGAGUAGAGCCAAACUGGACAGUCCUGGGUAGCUGGCCUGUGUAUUUGCUUGAGAGGUGUCCACCGCACCGCGGUCAGACGCACGGCCCCCUGUGACGGUCUGUCGUGGCCGCGGAGGCUCACGGCCGGUUACGUCAACCGGCAUUUCCCAGAGCUCAGGGGUCACGGGUUCGACUGGUUAUAGAAACAGCUCAUUCUGUGGCCAGUCAAAUGAUUGCCCCCCCACGGACCCGCUGGGCGAACGGCUUUGAACCCCUGACACGUCUCCCCUCGCUGUUCUGACUCUCAGCAGGAAUCACGGUGGCGUGGAGCGCUCCCCCACAAAGGAAGGAACACAAAUAAUUAGAAAAAUGAACGUGUAGCCGUACACUCUUUGUGUGCUCUGGAAGGUUCCCAGAGAACGCGUGGGUGCAGAAACACGCAGUUUAUCGCUGUGCAAUAACACAAUAACACAACUCUUGUAGCAGAGGCUGGAAGGUAGGAGAGCAAAAUGAGCAUAAAAUGAACUCGACACUGAGCACAGGGAUGGUGCAGCUGCUGCCAAAUAUAUACAUUUAUAAAUAUACGUGUGUAAAUACACACACACGCUCGUCUGGGGGACAGCAGGUGGCGUAGCAGUUAUGGCCAAUGCCUUGUCAUCUGAAGGUUAGAAUGCCACCUCCUGCUGUAGUACCCUUGAUCAAGGUGCUUACCCUGCACUGAAACAGUAAAAACGACAUGUCCUGCUGUAUAAAAACGUAAAUUGUCUAACAACUGGACAACAAUGUCAGAUUAAUAAUCAUAACUGUACCUAUAAAAUUAAAGGUCUUUUACUCAGAGGUGUCGUGCUGUCAUAGUACGAGAAAGGAGGGGACGCUAUUACCUGUUUUUCUUAUAUAUUCAAAAUUUUAAGACAAUGUAUUAUAAUAACCACAUAUAUGAAUAUAAAAGUGUAAAUGUAUUAAUAUGUUUAUGUGAAUGUUACGCUCAAUUCAAGUACAUUUCAUAGAGCAGUGAGAGUGUGUGUGCGUGUGUGUGCUGGAGAAAAACAGUCUCACCGAACAGUUUGGUGCCCUAAGCGUGUGCACACACCGCAGGAUGGAGGACACACAGGCCACUGCUGUGGGCGGAGCAUCAGCCUUGCGACCCUAGCGGAGGCUUGUCGUCUGGCAGUACAGAUCGGUUUUACACCAGUAAAAUUAGUACGGUACCAGUGGUGCCCCACAAGGAGAGGAUGUUUUUAAGAUUCACCACAGGAGGGGGGUGUCAGUGCUAUUUUCUACAAAUAAACACACACACACACACACACACACACACACACACGAAACUGUGACGAGGGCAGAUACAGAACAAUACAGACCCCCCAGGUGCCACCUUUCAGUCGCUAUGCUGCAAUGUUGAUGGGGCUGCAGGGCUGUACUGCCCCCUAGGGGUACAAGUGGUCAACUGCCGCAUGCGUCAAGAUGCUCCGUAUGGAUUUUUCAUUUACUUCCCUGCGGUGUGUCAAAGGCAGUUUUUGGAACCAAUCAGAUAAUGUCACCUUUUUUUCUAUUUUUUUUUUUUUUUUCUCUUCACCGUCACAUUCCGGACAUUUCCAUGCUCAAUCACAACCGAAUGGUGAUGAUGGCAUGUUCAGGUGAUCUCAGGGUUAAUGUUGGUGUGUAUUUCAACAGAAAUGUGAAUUAUCCUGAUUCACUAGGAUGCGCCGAGCCCCCCCCCGCCCUUCCCCUCCGGCAAUACCCCACUAUCGCCAGUGUCACAGUGUAAAUUUGUGGAAAGUCCUCCAUGAAAUUGCCCAUGGAGUUCUAGAAAGUGCGAGGCACGUGGCUGGUGGAAGGCGAGCACCUGUGGGUCUCCGUCAGUGUGGCGUCAGCCGAGGAGGGCUUGCGGGACUUGUGGUUGCGUUACUCCCAACCCACCCCCUGGAGCUGGGGGGGUCACAGCCAUUUCUAUACAUGUCCCCGCUCAUCCCAUGCAGCUGGACACACAAACCCGUGAGCAGCAGUAUUGUUCCAUGUGCAGUAAUUCUGUGACACUGACACCACUGAGAUGUAAUUUAAUGAGAAAAAUGUUUCAGGCAUUUUUGAAAAUAGUUACAAAUAGCUCAUAUAUGACAUUCUCAUGACAUUAAUUUUUGUUCAAUACCGGUGUCUCAAAGGGGACCAGCAAAGCAGUCAGGAUAUUUAAAUAGUUCUGUCACCUUAAAGUGAAACUGUUACUCAAUAGUGAAAGUAAAAUAGCAUAUUUUUUCUUAACUGACUGGUAUUGUUGUGAUAGCUUUGUUGAAAUAUAGUAUACUUUGUAAAGUCAUUUUUAGCAGCAGCAAGAAACUCUUCUGUGGAUGCAGCCGAUGGGUUUAUCACAUCUUCAGUGUGGGGAUGAGUGAACUCCGUAUGUUGGUUUUUCCCCUCAUUUAUUCAUGGAGACAUGAAAUGAAACUGUCAUUACAAAGAAUGUUCCAGAUGGGGGGAAAAAACACACCUUAUUUGCCAUUCCUUGUAGAAAACUCAACCGACUGCGCCGACAUCUUCGGAAAGCGAAUAUAGUGGCUCCUCGUGUUACAAACAUUCCAGUUACGAUUUUUUGAAGGUACAGUGAUUUUUUUUUUCUUUCAAGUUUACUGCUUUAUUUUUAGUUUUGCUUUAUUCACUUAUUUAUUUUCUCAAGGCUCUGUCCGUAGCAGAGCAAACACAACCUGUAGAGCUGACGGAUGGUAGUGAAGAGCUCCCAAACCGGUCGGAGCACAGAAGUUCAGCUCACUUCCUCAGUGUCUUACACAUCAAAUAAACAGACGGGCAUCGAUACUGCUGUGUUUGUGACAUGAGGAGCCAGCGUACUGAAAGUUCAUUAUCCCAGAGCUUCACUUGUGUGGCUCUGGGAACAAUAAGGCAAUACACCUACCUUCUCGAGGUUCAACCUCACAGCUGUCAUGGAAUUUCAGCUUGGAUUCGGUUGCACAGGGAGCCAUGGAUUCACUCUCUGCAGGGGGUUUCCUAGUGGGACAGUGGCUGUCGACUGACAGCAGAGACACUCCAGGGGUAUGAAACCACAGUAAUAACUAUGAGAGA